UACUGCUGUAUCUGGUGCGACGUGCGUUGUCACUUUUUACUGUUUAUUUUCGACGACGAACGAACGACUGAUUGAUUGCGGUGCUUUCGAUUGAAAGGUUUUGCGAUACCCUUACGGGUUUGAUUGAGCUUGGGCAAUUGAUCGAGGCCGCGAUUUGGCAGAUUGGUAGACGUUGCGACAAGACCAGCGAGCUAGCAGGAGAGAAAGGAAAGGAUAUUGGACGAGGCUUGUAUACGUUGAAGCCGGCAGAGCAGGACUUCUCAUCUUAUACCACCAUGUGUCUAUUCGGCAAAUCACCAGCAUGGGAAGACGACGUCGUCUUCGCCAACCGUCGUCACGGUCGCAAACACCGCACCAGAGUCACCGAAACAAUCGUCGAACGCACCCCCAAAUACGUGCCCGCGCCCCCUCGAUCCCCCUCCCCUAUAAUCCAUCCCGCGACUCCCCCUCGCGCCCCGUCUCCUGCCCCGACUUCGAAGAAAUCAACCCCGCCUCCUCCGCCGCAGCCCACGAUCGAACUCGUGUCCGUAGAAGAGGACCGUAGCUCGAGCGGACCGAAGAGCUCCCGCGUCUCGGUGUCGCGGAAGAGUCGGCAUGGCAGCAGAGGUGGGGAAGAGGUGUAUAUUGAGCGCGAGAGGGUGAGGGAGCGGUUGCCGCCCGUGGAGAGGGCGAGUCAGGAGUAUGAUACGUAUCGGUAUGUGGAGGCGCCGAUGCCGCCCAGGAAGGAGGUGGUGGGCGAGGAGAGGAUCGAGAGGAAGAGGAGUCGGAGCAUUACGUAUCAGACGAAUCCGAGGAUGAGUGGGCGGGUGGUGGAGAGGGAACGGGUGGUGGUUGAGGAUGGGGGAAGGAGGAGGGAGUAUUAUCGGAAGCCUUAGGUGGAGGGUGAGUGAUGUAGGUGAUGGAGAGGGGAUGGGAGAGGAGGGCUGGCGGAGAUGAGUAGGGGACUUUGGUUGAGUUUGUGAGUGUGUAUAGUUUGCUUUGGCAUUCGGUUUUGAAUAGCGAGUUUAUUAGAGAAUGUUUGGUUCAUGGAGGGG